AUGUAUUCUCCUCCGUCAUCAUCUCAAUCUAGAACUUCAAUUGCAAAAGGAAUUCCUUUAUGUAAACAUGGUGUUCAUGCUAAAUUACAAGUAGUCAAAAAAGGAACAAGGGUUGGUGAGAGGUUUUAUGGAUGUGCAUUUUGGCCAGCACAAGAUUGCAAAUUUUUUAAGUGGGAAAAAGAUGUAGAGUAUACAAGUGAAAUUUCUUCUUGUUUGGAAGAAGAGAAAGCUAUGUUGAUUGGCAAAAUAAGGAAAUUGAAGGCUAAGAAUGCGAAGUUGAAAGAAAGCGAAGCUAUGUUGAAAUUGAAAGUUGUUGAAUAUGUAAACGCACAGAAAGCGUUAAGUUUUGUACUUGUUGCAUCAUGGGUUUUAUUUGUAUUGUUCUUAUUUAUGUUAAGCUAA